GAUGGACUGACUGGUAUUAUUCCAUUUACACAAAGCACAGAAAGAGAACUGUAUGUUUCUAGACUAGCAUGAAGAUCAGAAACACACUUUGUGUAUUUCUUGUUGAGCAUAAGGAUGUAAUAUGGACCAACGUUCCAGAAUUUUUUGGGAUCCUAAAGAGGAGCAGCUGAAGUAUGACGGGCCGGUCGGCUGCUGAGGGAUCUCCCUGCUCUCAUCGUCUCUCUGUGCAAACUCAAGAGGAUGAGCAGGACCGAGCAGAGAGUGUGCUCAGCAGGUCUCAGUCUGCGUGUGAUGAUACCUCGUCUGAACUGCAGCGAGUAGCUGCUCUAGAGCCCCAGGAUGCGCCAUCAAGAAACUCCUUUAGAGGAAGAGGAGCUCUGUCCAGGUUGGUGAGUCUGGUAGUGAUUCUGAGAGACUGGGCACACAGGAGUCUCAUAGAGGAAGAGGAGAGACCCGAUUCCUUCCUAGAGAGAUUCCGGGGACCCGAAGUACGAGCCCCACCCAGUCGAAUUAGCAACAACCAACCAGAUGCCAAUGGAAAUACUAAGGGAAAUACAAAGAAACAAUGGGAGACAUUUAUAGUUUCUCCAUCUGAUGAUAUUUACUACUACUGGCUCUUCUUCAUCGCCGCUGCUGUGCUCUAUAACUGGGUACUGCUUGUUGCCAGAGCAUGUUUUGAUCAGCUUCAGACUGAGAAUCCUAUUGUCUGGCUGGUGUUUGACUAUAUGUGUGACUUUGUCUACAUACUGGAUUCAUGUAUGCGGCUAAGGACAGGUUACCUGGAGCAAGGACUUCUGGUGAAGGACCUAGCGAAACUCAGAGACAGCUACAUUCAUACAUUUCAGUUCAAAAUGGACGUUAUCUCCAUCCUCCCCACGGACCUGGCAUACAUCAUCUUGGGCAUCAACACACCACAGCUCCGCUUCAACCGCCUUCUGCGCUUCCCUCGUAUGUUUGAGUUCUUUAAUCGGACUGAGACAAGAACCAAUUACCCAAACAUCUUCCGCAUCUGGAACUUGGUGCUCUACAUUCUGGUUAUUAUCCACUGGAAUGCCUGCAUCUUCUAUGCCAUCUCUAAGUCGCUAGGUUUUGGGUCAGAUCAGUGGGUUUAUCCCAACAUCUCAUCUACAGAGGAAGGAGCUCUGAGACGGAGUUACGUAUACUGCUUCUACUGGUCCACACUGACACUGACCACCAUCGGAGAGAUGCCACCACCUGUACGGGACGAAGAAUUUGUGUUCGUAGUGUUUGAUUUUCUUGUCGGUGUGCUAAUUUUUGCCACCAUCGUAGGUAAUGUGGGUUCCAUGAUUUCCAAUAUGAACGCCACACGGGCAGAGUUUCAGGCACGGAUUGAUGCUAUUAAACAUUACAUGCAUUUCCGCAAAGUCAGUCGCCAUCUUGAGACACGUGUCAUCAAGUGGUUCGACUACCUGUGGACAAAUCAGAAAGCGGUGGAUGAGCAGGAAGUUUUAAAGAAUCUUCCUGACAAGCUACGUGCAGAAAUUGCCAUCAAUGUUCAUUUGUCUACUCUGAAGAAAGUUCGCAUCUUUCAAGACUGUGAGGCCGGGCUGUUAGUAGAACUGGUUUUAAAACUGCGCCCUCAAGUGUACAGUCCUGGCGACUACAUCUGCCGAAAAGGAGACAUUGGAAAAGAGAUGUAUAUCAUUAAAGAGGGAAAAUUAGCAGUUGUUGCUGAUGAUGGAGUGACACAGUUUGCAUUGCUAACAGCUGGAGGAUGUUUUGGCGAGAUUAGCAUUCUUAACAUUCAAGGUAGUAAAAUGGGAAACCGUCGGACGGCUAACAUUCGCAGCAUCGGCUACUCUGACCUCUUCUGCCUUUCAAAGGAUGACCUAAUGGAGGCCGUAACCGAAUACCCAGAUGCUCAGAAGGUUCUGGAAGAGCGUGGAAGGGAGAUUCUGAGGAAGCAGGGGCUUCUGGAUGAAAGUGCUGCACAGGGAGGUUUGCUUGUCAUGGAUACAGACGAGAAGGUUGAACGUCUUGAAGGCUCACUGGAUGUUCUACAAGCACGUUUCGCACGGUUGCUCGGGGAGUUCACAGCGACUCAAAGCAGACUGAAGCAAAGAAUCACAGCGCUUGAGAGACAACUGUGUCAUACGGGCCUUGGGCUUGUUUCAGAUCAAGAGAUGGACUUUGAGAGUAAUGCUAACACACCACGAGCUAAUUCAACUGCAUAGAUAUGCGCAUCCGCACCAUUAAGAUUGUGUGUCUCUGUAUCACAUGCAGGAUUAUAUUUCUAGUUGUACAUAAAUUCACAAUUACAGACAUUUGCUUUUUCAAACACGUUCCAACAGCCUCCAGCUUUUAGACUUGGUUUUUCAAGUACUGUCUUUGAUGGAAUUUUUUUCAGGCAAAACAGCAUAUUUAAUUUUCCCUAAAUGAAACUGAAGCUGUGAGAGAUAGAUGUCCUUCAGUAUAUCAUCAGUGUUGUUAUUAACUAAGUUUGGAAAAAAAAAAAAGCUGAAAUAAAAUAAAAUAUAAAUUAAUCUAUCCAUCCAUUCUCCAAACCAUGUGUUCAUAUAGAAUAUAUAAUAUAAAUAUUAGAUUAAAAAACUAAAUUUAAAAACAAAUGAAAAUUAGAAAUGUUGCAUUGGCAACUAAUUAAAAUAAAAUAUGUACUAAAAAUAUGUACUAAAAUGAAAAACUUAAACAGAAAUGUAAAUAAAUUAAAGAUAAAUAGAAAUAUUUUUCAAAAACAAAAAUGAAUAAAAAUAAAUGCACUUAACAAAAUUAAAAUUAAAUAUAAAACUAAAAGCUAAUUCAAAAUAUGAAUAAAUACUAUAAUAGUAUAUAAAUAAUAAUUAUUGACUUAUUUCACAACAAAACAUUUUCCAGAGUUUUUAUUUUCCACUAGAAUUUUUACAAUUAUUAGGCUUUUAUUAUUUUUUGUGGAAAGAAGUUCACCCAUGUACAUAACAUUACAUCCUACUGAACAAACCUACUGAUUUUUUAAAUUGUCAUAAUCAUUUAUUGUCUCCAUCGAAAUGUUUCUAGUUAUAUAGAGACUUAUUUUUAUUAAUAAAAAUUGCACCGUACACCCCCCUCCCCAGCCUCGUUUUCAUUUGUGAAAAAUGUAAUAUGGUGUCCACUGUGAAAAGGUCCAUACCCAGGACAAAUGCUGCUAAUUCAAAAUGUGUGUUGAUAAACUGUACUUGUAACAUGUUGGGUUCAUAAUACCUUAAUUCGCUUUUCGCAUCUAAUAUACAGAAAAAUAACGAAAUGUAUAUUCUGUAUUACUGUGAUCAGAAUGUAUCCUGUUUGCAACUCGCUCAUUUCCGUGCUCAAAUAAAUCUGACAUUGCCCAGCAUUAGUCGUCUCUUACGUGUGGUUAUGACGAAAUCCUAUGAAGUAAUGACGCCAUCACAUGACGCCAGUCACGGUCACAACGCCGUUUCCGGUGCGCCAUUUUAGGCUGCAUGGCGCAAGUUCCACUGGGAAGAUGGCGGGUGAAAUCGGCGUUUGGUUAGUUUUAGCUUUUGGCCAAAUAAGAGUUUUAUGCCGAUAACUGUGGAACGAGUCGCUGCUGUUGGUUGUGCUAAAAGCUCGGCGGUGUGUUGGAAGCACCGCGCGUGAGGAAGCGAUGUCUGCUGAAGU